AUGGCUUGUUCUUGUGGAGAGAUUCCUCUCAUUGGCCAGGGUACCAAGCCUUAUAAGAAGCCCUUCGGGGAGACAUACCUGAAAUGGUUCAAGGAAGUGCCCAACGACGGCCUCAUUACUUAUCGAAGUUUCCUCAAUGGAGAUAGGCUUUUAGUCACCAGCCCGAAGGCCAUUGCCGAUGUCCUAGUGCGCAAUUCAUACCACUACGAGAAAGUUCCCGAAGAGCGCUCGAUCAUUGCCCGUUUCCUCGGAGAUGGCCUUACAAUUGUGGAAGGAGAAGAACAUCAGAUGCAGAGAAAACUGUUGACUCCGGUUUAUAGCCUGCGAACCAUCAAAGACUUGUAUCCGAUUUUCUGGUCUACCGCGAUCAAAUUGACCCAGUCCAUGUCAAAGAACAUGGAGCAGACGACCAAGAAGUCAGGUGUCUAUGAGAUCAACUUCUGGGCCAACCAGGCUACGAUUGAUCUUAUUGCUAUCGCUGGUCUAGGAAAAGAGUUCAAUUGCCUGGAUGGUGUGGAGAAUGAACUAUUCACUGCUUACCAAGAGAUCUUUACGUGGGCGCCUGAAAAAGAAGUCUAUAUGGCCUUGAACAGAAUCCUCUCACCAAAGAUCAUCGAAGCUAUUCCAUGGGCAGUCAACGAGCGGAUCAACGUCACCACCGCAAUUCUUCGACGGGUUUGCCGCGAGUUGGUUGACGAGAAGCUAGAGGCGUACGCCAAGCAGGAGACAGACAAGAAUGACAUCCUGUCUUUGAUGAUCAGUCAAGGCAAUUGGACUGCUGAGCGGUUAGUUGAGCAGUUGCUGACCUUCAUUGCCGCAGGCCACGAAACAUCUGCCUCCUCUUUCACCUGGGCCUGCUAUCUCCUGGCCGAGCAUCCAGAAGUACAAGCACGUCUAUCGAAAGAACUACAUAGUACGGUGCGCCCUCUCUUAGCCGGCGAGGCACAGCAAGACCCAGCCUCAAUAUCCGGUCUCCUCGAGAACCUCCCAUACCUCAAUGCAGUUUGCAACGAAGUCCUUCGAUUUUACCCUCCCGUCCCCUUCAUCCGUCGAUACUCUAUCACCCCAACCACCAUUCUCGGCCAGCACAUUCCUGCCGGGACACGGGUCAUCCUCUGCCCCUGGGCCACAAACCGUGACCCAGCACUCUGGGGACCAGAGGCGGGCGUCUUCAAGCCCGAGCGGUGGAUCGACCCAGUUACAGGCCGCAGCAACAAAGAAGGUGGGAUGAGCAGCAACUUCGCCAAUCUGACCUUCUCGCACGGUCCGCGAAGCUGUAUCGGGCAAAACUUUGCCAAGGCAGAGUUGAGAACUUUGGUCGCCGUCUUCGUGUCCAAGUUCAAGUUCCAAAUGGCGGUUCCGGGGGAGAAUAUCGUUCCUGUUGGGAUUGUGUCUGUGAGGCCGAAGGAUGGACUGCACUUGAAAAUAGAGGACAGGGGUUAG